AUGGCACUCAACGCAGCACUCUCCUCAUCCACUGCGGGAUCCCCAUUUUCUCUUUCACGAACUGCGCCGCUAUCGACGUCCAAUGCUACCCCACCGCCGCCAGAACUCGAACAGACGCACUCCCUCCUGUCGGGCAAUCGAUCAGUUCUAGGGUACCUCCUUAUAUCCCGUGGCCAUCCUGCAAGCAUCAUCAGACAUUCGGGGGUGGUGUUUGAGGGCGAGCAGGGGCGGAAAUAUGCGACCGCGAUCGGGAAGAUUCUGGACGGUGUACAGGGAGCUCUAGAAGAAAUCAGCGACGAGCCGAACGAGGGAGAUGAAAUACGCUUCAUGCGAAUUCGCACAAAACGACAUGAAAUCAUGAUUUCACCAGACAGACGGUAUCUGCUAGCGGUACUUCACGAUCCAACGACAUGA